ACCGUUUGGCGCACUUCCUUCCUGGAGGUUCAGAGGAGGAACAGAGGCUGUUUCCGGUAACAGGAGAGAGAGAACACGGUCUAUAAUCUGAGAAAACUGUUAAAAAAGAACCGUAAAAAUCACCGGCGAGCUGCGGCUCUCCUGAGUCCGGGGGGAGAGGCUGAGGAGACGGACUGACAUGGAGGCAGAGUGUCGGGAGAUCGAUGAGACCGGGAGCUGGAACGCCGUUUACCAGGAGAUCCGACAGCAGUCGUGUGAGCUGGCGUGCAAAGUAGCCAAACUGCCUGAAAACAAGAACCGGAACCGUUACAGAGACGUUAGCCCUUUCGACCACAGCAGAAUAUGUCUGCAGCUCGGUACCAACAACUACAUCAACGCCAGCCUGAUCACAGUGGAGGAGGCGCAGAGGAACUACAUCCUCACUCAGGGACCCCUCCCCAACACCUGUGGGAACUUCUGGGAGAUGGUGUGGGAGCAGAGGAGCCGGGGGGUGGUGAUGCUGAACCGAGUGGUGGAGAAAGGAUCGAUUAAGUGUGCUCAGUACUGGCCCCAAAAAGAAGAGAGGGACGCCGUGUUCGAGGACACCAACUUCAAACUCACCUUCGUCUCUGAGGACGUCAAGUCCUAUUACACAGUGAGGCAGCUGGAGCUGGAAAACCUCUCGACCGGAGAGACCCGGGAGAUCCUGCACUUCCACUACACCACCUGGCCAGACUUCGGGGUCCCAGAGUCCCCGGCUUCCUUCCUGAACUUCCUGUUUAAGGUGCGGGAGUCUGGCUGUCUGACCUCCGAGGGCCCGGUGGUGGUUCACUGCAGCGCCGGCAUCGGACGCUCCGGGACCUUCUGCCUGGUGGACACCUGCCUCCUGCUGAUGUCGACCCGUAAGGACCCGUCCUCGGUCAGGAUCCGGGAUGUCCUGCUGGAGAUGAGGCGGUACCGGAUGGGUUUGAUCCAGACGGCGGAUCAGCUCCGGUUCUCCUACCUCGCCGUCAUCGAGGGAGCCAAAUACAUCGGGGGGGACACGAGUCUGCAGGAGUCGUGGAAGGAGCUGUCCAACGAGGAAGACGAUCCUCCAGAGUUCACCCCCCCGCCUCCCCUCCCUCCCCCAAGAGACCCUCCCAACGACAGCCGGUCGGCGCCAUCCUUCUUCCCCGAACACGAGGAGGUCCUCCAGCAGACGGAGAUCCGCAGCCUCGGGUCCUCUCUGGAGCCGGAGCUGAGGAAGAGGAACCUGGCGGCUCCCCCGCCUCCUGCUGACAUCCAGAAGGAGGAUCCUCCUGCUGACAUCCAGAAGGAGGAUCCUCCGUCUGCAGCUCCUCCCAAACCCCCCCGACAGCCGCUGCAGCCGGAGGAGGAGGAGCAGGAGGAGAAGCUGCAGGAGCCUCUGGAGGAGUUGGUCCCCCCUAAGGCCCCCCCAGGUCCUGGUUCCUUGUCCCCCCUUGUCACCAACGUGUGCCUCGCCUCAGCUCUGGUUGUCGGAGCGUACGUCUGCUACAGAGCCUGCUUCCAGUGAGGGCCCCCCCCCACCAGACCCUCUCCCAUAUCACCGAGCGGCAGGAGUCCAGUCCCUGCCGUGUGUGUGUGUGUGUGUGUGUGUGUGUGUGUGUGUGUGUGUGUGUGUGUGUGUGUGUGUGUGUGUGUGUGUGUGUGUGUGUGUGUGUGUGUGUGUGUGUGUGUGUGUGUGUGUGUGUGUGUGUGUGUGUGUGUGUGUGUGUGUGUGUGGUGAGCGUUCUGCUGAUGCUGGAGUUAAAUCAGUGUGAAAUAUUAGAGUAAGGUUCACAGACGGACAGAAACGCUGGGAUCCGUUUCUACGUUUGAUCUGAUCUGUGUUUAAAAACUACAGAGGCUACACACACACACACACACACACACACACACACACACACACACACACACACACACACACACAGACAAAGCUUCUGAAGCUCAGACGUUCAGAUCAGAUUUAGAAAGCGUAUCACCAGAGUUUUCUCUCAUUUGUCCUUCUGGGCUUCCGUACUUUGGAAAAUCAACCCGGUGCAGAGGCGAGCUCUCUUCCUCUUCCUCACACGCUCGUCAUCUUGAGAUUUUGAAUAACGUUAUAACACCGGCGUUUCCUUUGGCGUUUACGGGGAUACCUGAAGAGCUGCGACUCGUUUGUCUGAAGUGUGCUUCCAGCCUGUGUGUGAUCGGCUUUAUUUCGUAUGAAAUUUGAUAUAUUUGGACAUUUCAAGACAUCGCAGUGAACAUUUCUUACCAUUAUUAGAGAAAAUAGUCCCUUCAUUUCAAUUCUGGUGCUUUAUUAAAAUGCCUUUAUCCUUACUGGUGAUUUAUCAAACAAUAUUAAUCCCAAAAGAAAAGCAGAUUCCUUAAUCAUGGCGACGGGUUGAUCUAAGGAACAGUAUUUAAGUGUUGCCUUAUUUUUGAGCCAUUUCCCACCAUGUGUCCUGGUUGGAGCUCCUGAAGAGUCCCCAGUGGUCCGGCUGAACCCUCCUCCACAGAGACAGGGAUCAAACCAAACACCCAGCACCAGCGCAGAGGAGCUGUCGUCGUCGUCCUUUUGUACAAUAAAGUUUGUGAGCGCGCUGCAGAGUGGAGGACAGGUGUGAGAUCACCUGAGCUCCAGAAUGUAUCCUCCUCCUCCUCCUCCUCCUCCUCCUCCUCCUCAAAGAUAAAUAUAUAUUUUGUUAAAUCAGGUUUCAGUUUGCAUCUGUUUUUCUAUACUCAUAACGCUGAGCAAAACAUGUAUUUUUUUAUUUACAUUUGUUCUUUUUAAAUAAAUACAAACAAAGUG